AUGCGGCGAAAACUGAUUGCCCAAACGUAUGACGGUGCGAGUGUGAUGUCAGGAGAACUGUCCGGUUUGCAAACACGAGUAAGAGAAGACUAUCCACAUGCUCUUUUUAUCCACUGUUGCGGACACGCAUUAAAUUUGGUCCUUGUUCAAGCUGUCUCGUCAACUAAAGAGUGUCGUAUAUUUUUUAAAACCGUCACUGGUCUUUCAUCCUUUUUUCACGCCUCGUCCAAGAGAACAUACCUGUUGGAAAAAGUUGUCGGCAGACGCAUUCCCACUGGAACAGCUGUUCGAUGGCACUAUCAGAGCAGGUUAAUCCAUGCUGUACUGGAGACAAGAGCAAAGCUGCUCGAAGUUUUCGAAUACAUCAUCGAAAAUGAUGACGAGUUUGACGGUACGACGUUAAACGAAGCGAGGGGCUACCGACAAGUUCUUGCAGAUUUCCAGUUUGUGUUCUGCCUUAAAAUAUUUUCAGAAAUAUUUGGUCUUACGGAUGUUUUGUAUAAUAUCAUUCAGAGUAAGCAGUUCGAUAUUGUCUUCUAUGUCACGAAAGUUCGCGAGACGAAAGAUAAGAUUCAAGAACAACGAACAAAAUUCGUAGAUUAUUGGAAUUUUACGUCAAGUAUCGUCAAAGUAGCACUGAAACGCGGGCAAAGUGAAGAGGAUGUAAAGGCGUCCUUCCGUCAAAUGUUUUUCUGUGUAGUCGAUACCAUUGUCGUGCAGAUUGACUCUAGAUUCGAAAGUCUUAACAGCAGAGCAUUCGUUUCUUCGUUGGAUCAUUCAAAGCACGAAUUGUACAGCCGGAAUUUUCCCGAACGAGAGCUGCAAUCGUUGCAAGAUUCAUAUGGAACAUUCUUUAAUCUUCAAGCACUAAAAAGUGAACUAAUCGUUCUAUACGCAUCUGCCGAGCUCAAAUCGAAACCUGUUUUUGAUAUGAUAUCAAAAAUAAUCGAACUUGACUUGAAAGCCUGUUUUCCAGAGGUGUACCGAUUGUGUCAGCUCAUUCUUACUAUGCCAAGUACGUCCUCCUCUGCAGAAAGAUCAUUUUCGGCUCUCAAGCGUAUCAAAACGUAUCUUCGCAGUACACAAGGGCAAGAGCGACUUUCUGCAUUGGCUACAAUUUCAAUCGAAGAGAUGUUGGUAAGUUUGCAGGGGAAGCCACGAUUUUAUGAGGACGUUAUAAAGGAGUUUUGCGCAAAGGAAAGACGGAUGGAAUUUACAUUUAAGUAA